UAAUGAAUGGGAAACUUGUACAAUCAUUAAUCAAUUUGUUCCCUUUUUAAUAUUAAGAUAUGAUGAUCAAAUGUGUGUUCAUUAUAGGAUUCGAUAAACUUAUCAAAAAGGGAUAUGUCACAAAUGGGAAACCAAAUAUACAUGAGAUAAUAGAUUAUGCUAGUAAAAUAAAAUUUAAAUUUAGACAAAUUGCAAUAGUAUGGGAGAUUAUAAUAAGUGCAGGAACCUUGUGAUAUAAGACAUGAAUUAGAUCAAUUGAAAGAUGAAAUAAGUAAAUUAACACAAUAGAUCCAUUAUAAUAAUUCAAUAAUGUAAUGAUUAUGAUGUAAAAGAUAAAGACAACGUCAAACAUAAAGAAGUCAUGAUAGACUAAUACAAAAUGUGUCUCCAAUUUAUGAUGACCGAAAGAGAUCUGCUUCACUUGGAUUCAAACAGUAAUAAUAAUUGGUACAAAAAAAGUCUAAGGAGAUAACUCCAAAGAUUACAGAAACAACACCUUAAACAAUUAAUUAAAUACAUAUAACAAUCUCUAAACAUCAUUUAGAUGACACAGAGAUUAAAUCUGUUAUGAGAGAUAAUUUAAUAAAAGAUAAACCUCCAAAACCAAUUAAAGUUAUUUAAGAUAAUCAUUAAAAAAAGAGUCAUUAUGCUGAUUACUAACAUACAGAUACAGAAGAACCUCCAGUAUUUGAAGAUACAGAUAGAUAUCCAGUCAGAGAUAAUUAUAUUCCAUAAUAUAUAUAAUAUUCAUAACAUAGUUAAUAAUCAUAAUAAUAAUCAUAAUAAUAUUAAUAAUAAUAAUAAUUGUUAUAAUAAUCAUAAAUAUCUUCAUAAUCAAAUACAAAAUAAAGUGAUUAAAUUACACAUAAUACACAUAAUACAAAUUAAACAUUUGCUUAACCAUAAUCAAGUUAAAAAUAAUUAUUAUAAACAUCCAAAUCCUCUCAUGGUCAAUAAAGAUCACCUAAUAGAUCUCCUAAAUUUAAAUAUUCCUAAAAGUAAUAAUUUAAGAAGAAUCUAGAAACUGUAUAAGAAGAAAACUCAUAAUCUUAUGUAAAAUAACAAAGUAGUCAUUCUGCUUCUUCAAAAGGUAGAGCAUCACAUAGAUAAACAAAAACAUAAUAAAAUACAUAGGCAGUAUCUAAAAUUAAAGCAUUACUUGAUUAGGAUAAGAAAUUGCAUAAAUAACAUCUAUAAGAUAUAGCAAGUGAAAGAAAUUCAUUUACUAAUUCUUUUAUAAAUUCAUCAGAUAAAUUAAAAAUGAUGCAUUAAGAACAUCUUUCUGAAAAUAAUAAGAUAUCAACUUAAGAAUUGAAUGAAUCUAUUCAUAAAAGAGCUAUCUCUAAUAAUAGUUUUUAUAAAUAAUAGUAAUAACAAAUGUCACCAUAAUUAGAUUAUGAACCAAAGUUAAUGGGAUCGGCUUAAUAUAAUUAAUUACAAGGUUCCAUUUCAAUGACCAAUUCAAAUAGAGGGAGUAGCUUUCUGGGGAAUCAUUAAAUAUAAGAUAAUAUCUUGAUUUAUAGCAAAUAUAAAUAAUAGAUUUUAGAUCAAUACUCACCUAAAUUAAAUUAUCACUAUCGACCAUCAAGUGUUGGAAAAUAGUAAGAAAGUGAAUUAAAACGAUCUGAAGAUUUCAACCGAAGUUCUGUAAGUAGCACUUUCUCAAUGUUCAAUCCUAAUGAAGAAUUAAAAACAUUCUUUUAGAAUGAUUUCUUAGAAAGAAAGAGAUUCACUCAAUAAGGAUAUAGUGAUUUGAUGAAAUAAGUAAGAGAUGUAUCUAUUUAUUUAGUCAUCUUUGAAUUCAUCAUAAGAACACAAUUAACACCAUAGUAAAUACAUAACGGCAAGUUAGAUUGAAGAUUAAUAGAAUUUUAGUAAGAAUUUAUAUAGUCCAUAAUAAUAUUAAAAUGUUGAUAAAUCUAAUGUGUUCAAUAAUAAUCGAUUAAGUGUAACAAGAAUACUAAAUAAUUCAUAAAUAUGAAAAUAUAUUCGUUUUUUUAUUCUAAUGAAAUUAUUAUUUAUAACAUUCUUAGUGUUUGGUAAUACAUAAUCAAUUAUAUCAUAUGAGGCAUUCAAAGGAGAUAAGUUUGACUCAUUGUAUAUAUAUUUUAAAUACUAAUAUAAACGUUGGAUUAUCUAAAAUUAAUUCGAAGCUACUACAAAUAUAAAUAUAAAAUGUAAUACUAAAAAUAUUUUUGGGAGGAUUCAAGAAGUUUGUUAAAAAAAGAGAAGCAAUUAAAUUAAUAUAGAUAAUAAUAUAUUUUGUUGUAGAAUAGAAGAAUGGGGAAAAUGAUAUAUUUUCUGUUUAUGUAGAUGGAUUUCCUUAGAAAUGGGAUUUGGAUAUAUAAUAAUCAUUUAUUUAAUGCCUAUAAAGGAGUGGGGUAUGUGCUAAUGAUAAAUUUGAUGGGUGCAAAUAUUAGAAUAAAGAAGCUUUGAGUUGGUUUAGUGUAGAUACUAAAUUUGAAGGAUGGAAAUUAGAGAAUAAAAAACUAAAAGGGUAUGAAUAUUAUGAUAUAGUAAUAGUUGGAGGUUAUGAAAUUAUUUGUAUCAAAGCUUUAUUGUUAAAUCUAUUUGCAAUUAUAGUAUCUCAUAGUAAAGUGAUGGUCAAAUUUACUUUUUAGAAGGUAAAAUUAUAAUGAUUAAUUUAGAGUUAUUUAUGUAGAGUGUAAAUUUUUGUUAAACAGAAUGGAUGGAAAUCUGAAAGAAAGAAUUAUGAAAUUAGAUAAAAUCAUUGCUCACACUUAACUAGAAUUAAAAGUUGA